AUUUUGGUACUACCGUCGUGGGUGCUUGCCGCAUCCAAAGAAAGCAGCAGACGAUAUACCUUCGAGAAUGGCUUCCAGCAGCACGGCAGUGCCUCGGAAGGGACAGAAGUACGGGAAGCUGAAACGGAAGUGUGUGAAGAAGAAUGCGCUGUUUUUGGACGGCGAGUUCCCCCCGUCUGGGUCCUCUCUGUUCUACAGCCGCCCGGCGCCGGCAGAUAUUGUCUGGAAGAGGCCGAAGGAUAUUGUGCCGGAUCCAAGGUUUUUCAUAGACAAGGCGAGUGCUGAUGACUUCUCCCAGGGGAGCCUAGGCAACUGCUGGUUCGUCGCGGCCUGUGCCUGUAUCGCCGAGGAUUCCACGCUUUGGAAAAAGGUGGUACCAGAUUACAGGAAUCAGGAAUGGGCGCCAGGAAACAAAUACGCCGGUAUCUUCCACUUCAAGUUCUGGCGCUGUGGGCAAUGGGAAGACGUUGUGAUAGAUGACUACCUACCCACGAGACAGGGCAGGUUGAUAUUCAUGCACUCCAAGUCAAGAAAUGAAUUCUGGUCAGCUCUACUGGAGAAGGCCUAUGCAAAGUUGUUCGGGUCGUACGAGGCCCUGACGGCGGGGAAGGCCCGAGACGCCAUGGUGGACAUGACGGGCGGGGUGGGGGAGGGGCUGGACGUCAGUGACUAUAGGUCGGAGGACAAGCGGAUGAGGCUGUUCGACAUCCUCCUCAAGGCCAUGGACCACAGGUCGCUCAUGAGUGCAUCCAUCGUGGCCAAGUCGGCGGCGGAAAUGGAGGUGAAACUCAGCAUCGGUUUGGUGAAGGGUCACGCCUACAGCGUCACAGAUGUCCGCAAUGUCCACCUGAAGGGCACCGGACUCUUCAGCUUCUUUAAUCGGGAGAAGAUCCAGAUGAUCCGACUGAGGAACCCCUGGGGUGGCGUGGAGUGGAGGGGACCGUGGAGCGAUGGGUCGGCGGAGUGGCAGAAGGUCAGCGAAAAGGAGAAGAAAGACCUUGGGCUGACAUUCGACGAGAACGGAGAAUUUUGGAUGUCGUUCGAUGACUUCUGCCGAUACUUCACGCAGAUCGAUAUCUGUCACAUGAUCAACACCCGCUUCUUCACCCUGAAGAAGACAUGGACCCCUACCGCCACCCGGGGGGAGUGGAAGAGACCCAUGAGAGCGGGUGGUUGUGGCAACCACGCCUCAUUCCUGAAAAACCCACAGUACAUAUUCGAGGUGUACGAUGACGAGGAGGAGGUGAUGAUCUCUCUGGAACAGGAGGACAGACGCUCGGUCAAAUGCAGGCAAAGGGGAGAUAACUUCACCAUCGGCGUCACCAUCAUGAAGACUGACGUGAACCGGAAGUACCGCAUGCACGACAAGUUGGACCGUGUCCAUGCCACGCCCUUCGUCCAGGCCAGGAGUAUCUUCAGCCGCUUCUCGCUCACCAAAGGCAGAUACCUCCUUGUUCCCUCGACCUUUGACCCUGGACAGGAAGGGUCACACGUUCUUCGUAUCUUCACAGCUGGGGCAGUCAAACUCAGGGAGCUGACUCGCGACGAGCCUAAACCUCCAGGAUGUAUGGGGACGGCCAAGGUAGCGGCCACGGCGGUAACCAUCGUCAACGCGGACGGCCUCGUAAAGAAGAACGGCGAUGACGAGCUGCAGGCCUACUGUAUACUGAAGUGUGAGGGCAAGGUGUUUCAGACCACCACCUCCAAGAAGGGCCCCACCGCCAUCUGGGGAGACAGGGUGACGCUGUAUAGGAAGAAACCACAGGAGGAUGUCGUCAUAGAAAUGUGGCAAGCGAACCUGGUGAAGGACACUCUGGUGGGGAGCGUGACCUUGCCCAUGUCACGUGCCAGCGAAUACAAGGGAGGUAACCUCAUCCGGCGUUACGAGCUCAAGAGGUUAGGAGCAGAGGGCAAGGAAGAACGGACCGGUUUCAUGUGGCUUAAAGUAAACCACACAACAAACAUGUCUGACAUAUGAGAAGACACAACCACGAUGACCAUUUCGUGAACAUCACAAGGAUACAGAGAGAGUCUGAGGUUUUGCUUGUGCAAUAUUAAUGAUAUUACGAUGUUGACUGGUGUUCAUCACGUGGACGAAGACCAUGACAACCUUGUACAACGUCGUCAACGUGUUUUAAGUACCUCAUUUGCGACGGUAUGAAUCCACACAACGAGAUGACCUGUCAAGUUUGGUGCUAUUUUAUUUAUAUUCUUGAUAAUAUGCAUGUGUAUGUACAUUUCUCGUAUGUAAUCCAUUUUUAUACUUAUAACAUGUACCUAAUUCAAAUACGCUUUUACUGAUAUAUCACCAAUAUGCUCAAGUAGAUAUCGAAUGACAUAUGAUGAAGUGUUUGCAUGAUGACAAUCAGUCGUGAAGAUCGUGCAGGUCGUGCUUCCCUGCUACGCAGUUAGAUGUGGACGCAAGUCUUAUGAAAUGUGUAUGAACGUGUUCUGAACGUGACAUAACAUUACGUCAUUUUGAGCAGUAAGAGGCGACUAACGGGAUCAGGUGGUCAGACUCGCUGACGUGGUUGAUGCAUGUCAUUGUAUCUCAAUUGCGUAGAUUGAUGCUCAUGAUGUCAAUCUCUGGAUUGUCUGGUCCAGACUCGAUUAUUUACAGACCGCCGUCAUAUAGCUGGAAUAUUGUUGAGUGCGUCGUUUAAAUAACAAACCAACAAACCAGACAUUAUAAGCACUUGUCAUGUCCAGCCACUGUUGACUAGAAUAAUGCCAAAGGUUAAUAAACACUGUACAGUGCUGGAUAUCGGAACCAUAUGAAGUCAUCAAUCGUUGCCAAGUGGUUGUCGUGACCAAAUUAAAUGCCACAAUUCUCUGUACAAGAAGUGGUCAUUUAUGCUACCAAGAUCUGAUGGUUGCUUGUCUGAGUCUCAGGUUUGCCCUGGUUUUGAAAAAUAAUCUUCUUUGCGUUGUCCUAACCAAUAUCGUGUAUACAAUUGAGAUGAAGUCAUUCACAAAGGUAUGUCCUUGUACGGAAUACUACCAAUGACAUUCUCCUCUAAUGUGAGUGUUUAGUCAUAUUGCCAUAAUUGCCACUUUUAUGUUGAGACCCUUUAAAGCUUCCAUACAUCAAUGACAACGUGCCACAAUUCUAAAUAUGAAAAUUAAUACAAGCAUGUAAUGUAACGGUACCCCAACAUAACUACGAUGUGUUGUAGACUUGUCAUUCGUUAGCACUGUAGACGAUAGAUGCCGGGCAAAAGAGAUUAUAAACUUGAAAAUUGAAUUUGACUAAACAAAUUACAAGCGUUAUCCAAACGUUAAUUGAGUUGAAAACAGUCGCCGAAACACUGAAAAGGUCCAAUACCGCCAACGAUACUCGAAUCAAAUAUAUCAAAAUUGAAUAACCAUUUCUUGUUUGUUAUAUUUUUAGCCACCAUCAAACAUGGGUGCAUACUUUUUUGCCCGGCUGUUUAGAUGGUAUGUUCAUCUUGUACUUCAUCUUGGUACCACUGGCCCGCAUGCUGUGCAUAUUUAAGAAGUUAUGUUUUAGAAGUUUUGUUAUGUUUAUAUCUUGCUCAAUGCCUAACAGGGUUUCGGUGCCAAAGCAAAACUUCUGUGAUAACAACGGAUUGACUGCAAUAAAUUUUGUACUAUUUUUCA